GUGCACAUAUACAUUUAAUCAGAUCUUAAACAUUUCUGUUGUUAGCACCUUGUACCAAGUUGAGGGGAUACAAAAACCAAGAAACCAUCUACAACAUGAAAUUCCAACCUCAUCCAUCAUUUCAAAAAACAUAGUUUUGUUGGGUUGAUGUUAAACAUGUCAUGCACAAAACAAUGAAUAGUCUUCUUUCUCUGUGCAUCCAUCUCUUUAUCUAUUUAAAGGGAGUAUCUAGAAAUGCACACUUUCACCAAAAUCAAAUAUUGACUGUGCUUUUUUUAAGCCUUCUCCAUCAUUCAAAUAGAUCUUAAAAUACCAGCUGCAAAGCUAGUUUUCAUAGGUGUAUGCACUAGGCAGGCAUCUCAGCCGCAACUUUGGCAUAUCAGAAUGGCUUUUUCCAGCUGAAAUACCAGUUCCAGUUUGAAUAGCACUACACAGUGAUUGUGAACUUGUAGGUUUUGAAGCCUUAACUUUCUAAAUCUGGAAGUGUGUGUGUGCACUACUGGUCUGGCCACUCUGUGCAUGAACAUGCAGCUUAUGUGUGUGAGCAUGUUUGUAUUUUAUUGCGUCUGUAUGUGACAGAGGGUAUGUGUGCAUGUUUGUUUUACUGCAUGUAUGUGUGUUUACAUACUUGGGUUCACAUUUGUAUACAGUUGUAAGGAAGAGAGCAUGUGUGUGUGUGUGUGUGUGUGUGUACACUGGAUUCCCAUGGGUUGGUUUAUAAAUGCUGCCAGUUAUUUCUCCUAUCAUGGCACAUGAGAGGCUAGUGUGAGGGACUGGCCAUCACCCUUUCAGUUCGGGGGCCUGCCAGGCACAAAGAGUGCACUGUGUGGGUGCCUACGACCAGCUCUGGCUCUCCAGAUAUCUUCUCAGAGUGUUCAGCCAUUGCCUUGGAUACAGCCCCAAAGGUAAGGUCCUCUCAGCUCUCACAUCAGCAGACAGUGGAUGGUUCGGGAGGCUCGUGGCUUUUUUUGUCAUUGCCACAAUGAAAGCAGUGCUUAUUGCUGCACUGCUUUUACUUGGACUGUACAACAGUCAUGCAGUAUCCUUGAAUCGCUGGUCUUGCAACAAAAAAGUCCUUAAGGACAAAAAUUGUCAUGACAUUGCCAGCGGCAUGGGGCAGAUGAGACCAAUUGAUUCCCUUCAGAACCAUUUCUGGGAGGGAAAGAAAUGUGAUGUGGUCUGCUACUGCAACUUCAGGGAGCUUCUCUGUUGUCCCAGGGACAUGUUCUUUGGGCCAAAAAUCUCAUUUGUGAUUCCAUGCAAAGACGCCUGAGGCCUAUCAACUAAUGGACAGUAACUUGCAGAAUGAUAUGCAUCACAGAACCUAUGGUGGCUAUUAUUGUAAUAUCACAUCUCUAUUCAAGCCAACACACCUAACUUGUCUGACAGUGUACUAGAAUAUUUUUGCACAUAACAAUGGUUGGUAUGUAUAAAAUAGCGGUAUGUUAGGUGCAUGUUUGUUAGAACACAUCAGCUCAUUCAACCACAUACUAUAAACAGCAAGUGAUAUGUGCCUAAGGAAAGUCUUCCUUACAAUUCUGCCAGUUCAGCAUUUCCACAUACCAUGCUCCUUCUCAAAUAUUUGUAUCCCUUAAAAUGUGAACAGCCAUGAAGUAUUAGGAUGAUGGCAGGAACUCUGUCCAGUUACUGUGGGUUCCCUUGUUAAUAAAUAUACUCUAUAGCA